AGCGGAGGAGGAGACGGAAGCCGGGAGGCCGCUGGAGGUACCGUCCCCGCAGGGCGGGCGGCCGGGCGGGGAGUGUCCGCGCGGGGCGGGCGGGCGCCGGGCCGGGCCGGGCAUGGAGCGGUGGGCCGGGGCCGCCGGGGGCUGGGGCUCCCUGUGGGGAGCCGGCAGCGGCCGCUGGCCGGCCUGGGAGCUCCUGGCCGCCUGCGCGGUCAUCGGCGCCGUGGGCUGGCUGCUGCGGCUGCUGGAGUGGAGGCCGCGCGGCCGCGGGGCGCCGGGGGCCGCGCUCUGCUCCCCGGCGCCGCCCUCGGCGGGGAGCCGGCGCUGCGGCGGGAGCCGCCCAGGUGAAACAACAAUGGAUUCAAUAUUAUCCCGAUUGAAGCAGCUCACCCAUGAUGAGCUUAGAGAAGAAAUUGUAAAAGCAGGACUGAAGUGUGGACCCAUUACCUCAACCACUAGGUCUAUUUUUGAAAAAAAAUUGGCUCAGGCUUUGUUGGAACAGCAAGGAGCAUUGGAGGAAAAAGGAUCUGCUCUUUCAGAGGAGUCUGCUGGAAACAUCUCUUCUGAUAGCAGCCAGGCAGAAACACGAAAGGCUUUGAAAACCACGGCAGUGAAUCACAACAGUCAUGGAAGUAUUUCUGAGGAGGUAGACUUCGGGUACUGUGUAGGUCUGAACCCUCCGGAAGAAGAUGCCGUGAUUCACAGGAACGGUUCAGCUCCAGUUUGUGGAGCAGUGCAUGCUCAUUCACAAAUUAGUGCUCAGACACCAUCCAGAGAUCCUCCACUAUACUAUGGUGUUUGUCCAGUCUAUGACGACAUAUUGGCAAGAAAUGAGAGAGUACAUGUUUAUGAAGAUAAAAAGGAAGCUCUCCAGGCUGUUAAGAUGAUUAAAGGCUCCCGAUUCAAAGCUUUUUCAAACAGAGAAGAUGCUGAGAAAUUUGCUAAAGGAAUCUGCGAUUAUUUCCCAUCUCCAAGCAAGUCCUCUCUGUGUUUAUCUCCAGUGAAAAUAGGAUCAUUUAACAGAGAUGGCUUAUGCUCCCCUGACACUGAAACUGCUAAUAAGGAAAGGGCCAACAGUUAUAAAAGUCCACGUACUCAAGAUCUUACUGCUAAACUUCGGAAAGCUGUUGAGAAAGGAGAUAUAGCAACAUUUUCGGAACUUAUUUGGAGUAACCCUCGCUAUCUGAUUGGAUCUGGAGACAAUCCAACAGUUGUUCAUGAAGGGUGUAGGUACAACGUCAUGCACGUUGCUGCCAAGGAGAAUCAACCUGGUAUCUGCCAGUUAUUACUAGACACUUUGGAAAAUCCUGAGUUUAUGCGGCUUAUGUAUCCGGAUGAUAAUGAUCUGAUGUUGAAGAAGCGCAUCCGAUAUAUUGUCGACCUUUACCUUAAUACACCAGAUAAAAUGGGAUUUGAUACUCCAUUGCAUUUUGCCUGCAAGUUUGGGAAUUUGGAUGUUGUUAAUGUGCUUACCUCACACCCAGCUAUUGUAAAAAAUCCAAGAAAUAAGUAUGAUCAAACUCCAGCAGAAGUGGUUUGUGAAAGAAGCAAGAAUAAAUCUGCAGAACUGAAAGAAAAGCUAAGAGAAUAUUUGCAAGGUCGAUACUAUGUACCACUCUUGAGAGCAGAUGACAAUUCCUCGGCUCCUGUAAUUGGUGUGCCAUGGUCGCCCGAUCAGACAGAUGAUAGCCCCCAAACAACUUUACCUACAUACACUGGCAGCCCCAAAGAUCCAGUACUGUCAAUAAGAGCUUUUGCAGGCCCUAUGAGCCCCUCAAAGGCUGAAGAAUUUCGCAGGCUUUGGAAGACUCCACCUCGAGAGAGAGCUGGCUUCUUUCACAAUGUCAGGAAAUCUGAUCUGGAAAGAGGUGUUGAAAGAGUUGGAAGGGAGUUAGCUCAUGAACUGGGGUUCCCGUGGGUUGAAUACUGGGAAUUUCUGGGCUGUUUUGUUGAUCUGUCUUCCCAGGAGGGGUUGCGAAAGUUAGAAGAGUACCUGAGUCAUCAGGAAAUGAGCGAAAAGGCUCAGCAAGAAACAGGGGAAAAUGAAACCUGCAACAGAUACAAAGCUCCACAUCCUUCUGGCAAGAGUAAAAAGUGCUGCAAUUCUAUUUCUGUUGGAGCAUUUUUGGAUGAGGAUGAUGAUGACAUGAGCUUAGAAGAAAUUAAAAACAGACAGAAUGCGGCACGUAAUAACAGCCAACCGAUUGCAUCCAAAGAACCUAGCAUAGAUGCUCUUGGAGACUCUGAGUGUGAUAUCUUGUCAAUGGAGCAUGCAGUAAACAUUAUAGAAACAUCUGAUCACCCCAGGCAGUAUGAAAAGGCAGUUUCUUCCAGCAAAAAUGGAUUUUGUAAUCCUGUGGCCAGCGAAAGGAUAAUUAGUGACAGAAAGCAUUUGCAUGAUGGGGAAGAAUGCCUUGUAUCACCUGUUUCCAAUUUAAUGCCAGAAUUUGAAAGACUGUCAUUCCAAGAACAAGAGGUAGCAGGAGAAUCAAAUAAAAUCACUGAAAAAAAUGAGAAUGCGGGAAUUCUGGCUGAAGGAACAAGUCAGGUUAGAAUAGCCAAGGACCAGCUGGAUAAGACAUGCUUUGCAGUUUCACUGGCAAACUCUCCUGAGCCAAGUGUUACAGGUAAACCUGGAGAGACCAAGUUAAGGACAGAAAACAAAAUACCAUCAGAAAUGGAGAGACCGUCGGUAGAAUCUGGAAUUCAGACUAAUGAGGCACGACAAUGUCAAGAAUCUUCUUCCCAGAAAUUUCUUUUGAUGACUUCACCCACAAAUGACAAUUCUAAGAAGUUAUUUCUCCUUGGGGAGCAGCCAUCAAAGCUGGAUAGUGAUGUCUUAGCAGCUAUAGAAGCAGCAGAGAUUGAUCCACAGAAAUACCCUGUUGUUUACAAAUGGAAACACGCAGUGGAGUCCUACUCUUCAUCUGACAGGCAAAGUUGGCCAAGUCCAGCACUGAAGGGAAGAUUCAAGUCCCAAACCACUGCUGCUGGCCUGCCAAACGCUUCGGUGUAUUCUAGUCCAGGAAGAAAUAGUCCAGUGAUGGGCAGUCCAGGGAAAUACAGCAAUGCAGCCUCAUUCUCUCCAGACCUUGGGAGUCCUGGACGCUACAGUCCAGCUUGUGUCAACCAUGCGCUCUUAAAACUGCGUUACUUUUCAGAGCCUCCUGCCCACUAAAAUAUGAUUCAUCUUCCUGGGACUUAAUUUUCAUUGUUAGAGUGGAGGGAAAAAAUUACAAUGUUACUAAAGUGACAUGAUGUUUGUAUUUGGCUAUUUAUUUUUCCUCAAUUGAGGACACAUAUAUGUUAAAAAAUUUGAAUAUAUGUCUUUAUGCCAUAUACAAGAUAGAUUACUGGUGAUUUGCAAGAAGUCAGUGACAGUCAGUGCAGUUGUCCGGUAGCUAUGAAUUAACCCUUGUUACCAGUAGAGCAGCGAGCUGAACCUUUACUUAGAAAUAGUGGUAUUUUACUGUCACCAAGUGUAAUUAUCACAAUGAACCCAUUAGCCCUAAACUGCAUUUCUUUGCUUGGAUCCUCUGGAUGAAGCACAUCAUCAGUAAAUAGAAAUCUUAUUAAAGGAAAUAAAUUGCAAGAAGCAAAAUGUUCCUCCACUGGCAGGGGGAAUGCUCAAAUUGAAAAGCCUAAAACAAAGUCUGGGCAAUGACAACUUUCCAGUACUGAGUAUGAAUGUGAAACCAUCUGCAUAAUCAGAAGUUAUGUUUAUAGCCAGUAGUUUGGUCUGAAUGGUUGAAUACAUAUGUGUAUAUAUAUGUACACACACACACACACACACACGUGUGUAUAUAUUUAUGUACACAGAAAGUUUUGAGUUGUUGCUUGUUCUAAGGAUGUUAAAAAUAAUGAUAUACUGAGUGUUUUAGUAAAGGGGAACUAAAUAAAUUACUUGUAUUCCUUUAAAUGUUAGUUUAAAGAUAAAAAUUCUAAAAUAAAAUUAGUGGUUUUUCCCCACAGAAGCUUUUAUCAUUAGUAAUUUUAGUAGUUAUUACACAAAAGCACAUCAGCAAUAAUUUAAGCAAAUUUACCAGCAACAUACCUUAAUGGUCUAGUUUGUAAUAUAUUUGAGUGGUACCCAGUGAUACAUGAAGUGGAUCCUUAUUUCCCAACUGUUGACAGAGAGGAGUAAGGACUAAAAUAUUUUUCUUGAAAUGGAAGCUUUUACUAUGUCUGUAGUGUAGAUGUAGUAACUAACUUUUGUUACAGCAGUGGUCAUUAAUUUUAUUCUUUAGCCUUCCGGAAGAAUGACUUGUUUGGACAGUAUGAUGCUGAAAUGAAGAAGGCUUUUUCAAAACCCACAUGGUUUUCUGUAUCAUGCUUAAUGGUUGUAAUGUUGCUUGAAGGAAGGCUUCCAGACCCCUUGUUCUCUAUUGUUCGUAGUUCUUGCUUAAAAAACUUAAAGCCUUUUUACACCAUUAAUCUGAUUAGAAAACUCAAAGCUGCCAAGGCUGUGCAAGUAAAAACAGGUGGGUUAGGAGUCACUGGUGCCACACAAUACGCAGGAAAACAUGUAACCUUCUUGAACUUUUGUAACCUAAGUAUAUGUCUACAGAAACACUAAUUGUAGGCGAGAUGUUGUAGUAUCUCUUUAAAAGUGGUCCAUUUACCACACAUAGCUCUCACCGUUGUGUAGGCUGGAUUAAAGAAUCCAAAGCUUAAUAGGUUUGAUGGCUGUUGCACACUGUAAAGUGACUGUUUCGUACACAAACUGUAACCCUGGAAUAGGUUCAUUAUUUGGUACAAACCUAAAAACUGCACUUAAUGCUUUUGCAAGCUUAAUAGUGCCUUUUGUAACAUACUUUUUAAUUAAAUUUUUGUUCUUUUAGAAGUUUAAAAAGUGGCAUCCACUUACUACGGGCACAUGAAAUACAGUUUUCUUCUUGGAUUUCUGAAUGCAAGGUAUUUUAAAGUCUCUUUCUGAGUUUGAUCAUUUGUUGAGACAGCUCUACACUGUGGGAGACCAUUCCUAUUUUAGAAAUUAAAGGCUUAGUUAGCUCUUUAUAACUAAGUCUGUUUCCAAUUAGCUGGACAUUAGAAAGAGUUGUUCUACUUGAAUGACUGUCAUUCAAAUAUAGUCCAGCCAACUAGCAUGUUGGGGGUGGGGGUGGGGAAAUCAGGCUUUGAGAGACAGCUCUGAAAGUCACACAAAAUAGCCCAUACCCUACUAUGUUCCCAAGUAUUUUAAUGGCUUCAUAAUAUUUUUUUUUUGAUGCAGCAGUCUUUGCUGUCUCAAACAGCUUCUGUAGGUCUCACAUUCCUACUCUUUUACUUCAAAAGGUUUGUUGUUUGAGGGUUUUUUUUUUUUUUAAAUACUUUAAUGUAAAUUAAGUAAGUCUUUUAAAGUAAUUCUGGAGAAAUUGUUCAAAAUAUGCAGAUAGGCACAUAACUGCCUAAUACCAUUUUAAAAACAAACAAAGCCAUGUCAUAAGUUGCUGUGUGUACAGACACUGUACUCUACCCUCCAUAUGUCUUGAUCUGUCUUAGGGAGACAUUAGAGUUUUAAUACACAGUUUAUUACUGAGCCAGGAGCCUGAUACUAAUGCUCUGUUAAGUUUUUGUCCUUUUACCCUUAUUAGUAGUUGCUUUCUUUUUUAUAUUUACAUAUGUACUUUUGGUGUGCAUGCACACACAUGCGCAUGCGUAAACACGUGCACGCGCACACACACACACACACACACACACACACACACACACACACACGUGCUCGCUCGCGCGCUCUCUCUCUCUCUCUCUCUCUCUCUCUCUCUCUCUCUCUCUCUCUCACACACACACACACACACACACCACACACACACACACACACACACACACACACACGCGCACCACCACCACCACCACCACCACCGACAAACCCUUGCCUACUACUUUGUAAUUUUGUUCAGGCUUUGGUUGGGUCAGGACACUAUUUUUUUACACAACUGUUUUAUAUAAUUUGCAUUUUAAUCCAGUUGUACUGCAUUUUAAAAGCUAGCUUUUUCCUAACAAUAGAUUGACUUCAUCUAUUUAAAAAAAAAAAAAAACCACGUAGCAAUUUAUGUAGCUAUUUGAUCACUCAUGGAAGAGCUUUCUUCACAAGCAUGAGGAGCUUGUGGAGACACUUCAAAUCAGAUUGGGAUUAUGUGAUUUGUGUUUUAUUGGUUAAAAGCUCACUUCUAAUGGUGCAAAAGGUCAGUUUUAUUUUUUUUUUUAAAUUAGCCAAAUGUCAUGUUAAAAAUACAGAGUUACCCUGCUUUCUAUUCAAAAAUAAAUGAGUAGUUAAAGUGUCA